GGACGAAAGAUGAAAUAAUAUAAAUUUUGUGAACUAAGAAUUCAUUCUGCUCUCCAAAUGUAAAUGUUGGGAGUAGGAAUCAAUGAGAUGGAUUCCUCUCCUCAUCAGACAACGUUCCUGGCGCAGAAAUUUAACCAUGAUAAAUACUGUUAAUGCACGCUCGGAUGCCAAUUCGAAAUCGCAUGAAAUUAUACGCCAACCUCAAUGUCCACCUUCACAUCUAGAUUACGUUUCUCAGUUGCGGGUAUGCAUUGCCAAAAACUCCUUGGCAGAUGGCAAACUAAUCCAUGCUCACAUCAACGAGAGGGGAUUCAUGUCAAUAGCCCACAAGUUCUUACACAACAUUCUUGUUAAUAUGUAUGCCAAAUGUGGCAGCCUGGUUGAUGCCCGCAAAGUGUUUGAUGAAAUGCCUGAACGCGAUGUCUGUUCAUGGACUGUCAUGAUUACAGCUUAUGCCAGGCAAGGGAGUCCCGAGGAGGCGUUGAGACUUUUCUAUUUAAUGCAACGAGCAGGUGUCCAACCCAAUCACUUCACAUUUGCCACAGUGGUGUCGGCAUGCACCCGCCUGGCAGCCUUAGAGCAAGGGCGGGAAAUCCACCAAGAUGUUAUAAGUUCUGGUUUGCAGUCUGACGUGUUUGUGGUGAAUGCCCUCAUUGACAUGUAUGCCAAAUGUGGGAGUAUUGAGCAGGCGCGUCGACUGUUUGAAGACAUGCCUCAACCGGAUAUUGUCUCUUGGACUGCAAUUAUUGCAGGGUAUGUGUGGAAUGGGCUGGCGGAUGAGGCAGAGGAUCUUUUUAAACGGAUGCAAUUCUCAGGUUUCAGGCCAAACUUGAAAACUUAUGCGAGCGUUCUUCCGGCAUGCGCCGAAUUGGCACAUCUAGGGGCUGGUAUGGCAAUCCAUGGAGAAAUUAUUAAGAGAGGGUUGCAGUCACAUCUUUUCGUCGGAAGUAACCUUGUAAAUAUGUAUGCGAAAUGUGGAGAUUUAAACAUAGCACGCGAUGUGUUUGACGAAAUACCCCAACGAGAUAACGUAUCCUGGACGGUAAUGAUCGCUGGCUAUGCACAAAAUGGUUGGGAUGAUGAGGUCCUGCAGACUUUUCAAGAAAUGCAAGAGGCAGGUGUGGAAACAAACUCAAGGACCUUCACCACCGUUCUCUCCGUUUGUGCCAAGUUGGCAGCUCUUGAAGAGGGUAUACAGAUUCAUGGAGCAAUGAUUAGAAGUGGAGUUCAGUAUGAGAUCCCUGUGGUGAAUUGUUUGAUACAUAUUUAUGCUAAAUGUGGGAGUUUGGACAUGGCACGCAAAGUAUUAGACAAGGUGGAUCAUCCAGACGUUUUGUCUUGGACAGCCAUGGUUUCAGGAUAUGCACAAAAUGAGAGGGGAGAGGAAGCCCUGGAGCUUUUCCAACAAAUGCAACGAGCAGGCGUGAAACCCAUCUCACAAACUUUUGCCUGUGCUCUUUCUGCAUGUGCCAGCUUAGCAACUCUAGGACAGGGAAUGGAAAUCCAUGAGGAAAUAAUUAUAAGAGAUCUUGAGUCUGAUGUCUUUGUGGGGAGUGCGUUGAUGGACAUGUACAUACAAUGUGGAAGUAUAGAGAAGGCACAUAAAUUGUUUAAUAGAAUGAAGCAACGAGACACGGUGUCAUGGACACUAAUGAUUGCAGGCUAUGCACAAAAGGGUUGGGGGGAGGAGGCUCUGAGGAUUUUCCAGCAAAUGUUACUUGCAGGUAUCCUUCCAAAUGCAAAAACCUUUGCCUGUGUUCUCCCAGCAUGUGCUGACUUGGUAGCUUUGGAACAAGGUAUGGGGAUUCAUGAACAGGUAAUCAGAAGUGGUUUUAAGUCUGAUGUUAUAGUGACAACUGCUUUGAUAGACAUGUACGCAAAAUGUGGAAGAUUGCAUAUUGCACGGCAUUUAUUCGACAGAAUGCAUAAGCGAGAUGUUGUCUCCUGGACAGCAGUUAUUGCGGGAUAUGCAAUGCAUGGCCGGGCACAUGAGGCUCUAAGCCUCUUUGAGCAAAUGAAACAAUCUGGUAUACAUCCAAACCAUGUUACUUUGCUUUGUGUUUUGUCUGCAUGCUGUCAUGCAGGUUUAGUCAAUCAGGGCUGGCAAUAUUUCAAAUGUAUAAGCGAAUAUUAUCACAUUACACCGAAAAUUGAGCACUAUGGCUGUAUGGUUGACCUUAUUGGCCGUGCUGGGCACCUACAUGGAGCCCAGCAGUUUGUCACCAACAUGCCAAUUAAACCUGAUGCAUUUGUAUGGAGGUGUUUGUUAGGUGCCUGUGUAAUGCACAGCAAUGUGGAGUUAGGAGAAUUUGCUGCAGAACAGCUUUUUGAGUUGAAACCAACUGAUGCUGCACCUUAUGUUCUUCUUUCCAACAUCUAUGCAGUGUUUGGCAGAUGGGAUGACAUCGAAAAGAUUCGUAAAAUGAUGAGAGACAGAGGAGUGAAAAAAACUCCUGGAUGCAGUUGGAUUGAGGUCAAUAAACAUGUACAUGCUUUCGUAACAGGAGGUGGGUGACAUCCAAAAUAUGAUUCGUUUUGGGAGACAGGUAGAAUGAUAAUUUAUACAAGAGACGAAGAGAGAAGGAACUGACGAAUCUGGAAGUUCAAAAGAGAAAAAGGCAUUUGGAUUGCAGUUCAACAUGAUUUUUGCAUCAUUUGGUGUUAGAGCACCAGGUAAAUGUUGAAUGAAUAAAAGCUAGAUGCAUUUCAUCUUACCUAGCUUUGAUAUUCAUUCUGGAAGCUGCACAAGUUUGCCAGGGCUACGAUCAGUUCUACUCUGCUCAAAUAAAUACUACAACAGCCGAAAUCGGCGACGUCAUUUGCACACCCUAGCGUCUCUAGUAUACAAAUUCAGGGGCGGCCAGAUCAGUUUCUGUUGUAAGAUUGUCAUCCUUAAAUUUUUGGAUUACAUUGCUCGAGGAAACAAAGCUGCAACAAGCUUCAAAGUGUGUAUUUCCAGCGAAAGGUGAUUUCUCAGUGAACGGAAAUUUCGCAGUGAAAGAAUAAUUCUGGUUGAAAGUGGAUAAAAAUCUAUAUGCUACUUCUGAGGACUUGGAAAGCUAUAUCUCAAACAGCAGCCUUUCAUCCCCAUCAAUUCAUCAGACGCAAGCAUUGUAGAUGAUACUGAAAGAAAGAAAGAGAAACAAGGAAAGAAAUAGAAAAGAAAGCAAAUCACAUAACGCGAAGGAUUCACCAUCCCCGCGACGCAAAUGAAGUAGCUCUCAUUUUUCUCUUAAAAUUUGUGCGCGCAAUUUUUUUUCAAGUCCCUCUUAAAAGUUUUAGCAAUGGUCAUAAAAAUGACUGGUUCUUUUUGUAAAAGGGCUUCUGCAUAUUUCUUCACAGUAUGUUUUUUUUUUUUAACAUUGUCUUAGAAGGGAGCUUUGAAAGGAAGGAUCCGAAGAGUAUAAUUUAAAAAUUUGUAACCUCUUGUCUAAAUUGUGCUAACUCCCUAAACUAAAUCUUUGGAUCCAUCCUUUCAAACCUCUCCAUCAAUCUCUAAACUAAAUCUUUGGAUCCAUCCUUUCAAACCUCUCCAUCAAUCUUUAACUAACUCUUCUAAGAUCGUGAUUGCCUGGUUACAAUUCAUGGCGACACCAUCUAAGCGUAAAGCAAAAAACUAAUGGGUUCUUCAAUGAUGGAGUUCAAGGAGACAUAUAUAUCCAACUUAUGCAACCAAGCCCUCACUGAAUAACUAUCUAAUCCAUCAUAUGUGGGUAUAUUUAUCUUUCCCAAGCGAUAUUGAAUGUCCUUGCAGAGCUACUCAUAUCUUCUUUCCCUUUGUCCAUUUCUUUGAUACUCAAAGUACUACAUAAAAGACGUGUCUCCACUCGCACUUGGGUUCAAGGAAUUAUAUUUGACAUGAUACCUUGCCACUUCA